AAACUUGGCACAAUUGUUGGGUUUGGUGAGAAAAUGACUGAGACAAAAAGGUAGGUAAAAAUAUAACCUCCUGCUGGUUCUGCCUGGUUUUCUCAUUGACACACUCUUAAAGAAGUUUGAUUGUAGUUUUAUCCAGACGACCUAGGUUACGAACUUACCGUAAGCCUCUCCCUUCGAUAUUCUGUUGAAAUUUGAGAGUGUUGUUACUAUGUUUUUUCCUUCAGUCUUCUUUGAACUUUGUUGUUUGCACACGCAUGUAACAAAAUGUGUAUCCAAUUAGCUUUUACUUCUUCUUACACUUCUUCAUGUUUUAAAUCUGUUCUGGUCUCGACAGCCACCGAUUUCGGCACUACAGUGUAUACCGUAAGUUGUAUAUUGACAUCUUUUGUUCUUUUCUACAGCUAAUCGUGUGUGCGGCCAUGUAUAAGCUUACACCACAGUAUAUCGUGUCAUAUGACCAGGAUAGCUGCAAUAAAUUCGUCGUUCCUCAUGAUGUUAUGAAGUUCUCCGAAGGAAACAUAUUGUCUAAAAUUGAUGUCCACAAUCCAGUGUUUGACUACAUACCGCCAGAUUUAGUAAACCUUUGCAUUUCAAACAUUGGUGGUUAUUCUCCGUCUUACGUGUAUCGACUUGUCAGUGAGCUAUAUCAUGCAGAUGACAACUGCUUAUGACAAGGCCAGUAGUGGCUGCGCCCAUGUACACGACUAUUCUCACAGAAGCACACUUUCACACACGACUCCUGUUU